AUGGAGGAUAUCAAAAAUUCCAAAUCGUUAAAUAAUCAGCUCAACAAGUUUGAUGCUGACCUGUGUGAUGAAUUUCAAAGUAAAAACAACGAUAUAGAUACGAUAAAAAACUUUGAAGUGUGUUUUAAUGCUGUAACUGAAGAUUCGGUUACUAAUAGCGAAUCUUCCAAGGACUGCAGUAAUUUUAAUGAACUUGACGAAGAAAAUAAAUUAUUGGUAAAAAAUAUAAAUAUAUUGGAAAAAUGGAUAAACGAAAUAAAUGAAAACGAAAUGCGUUCAAAUAAUCGAAAUCAGAAUCAUAUAAUGGGUUCAGAAAACAAAUCUGAAGAUCUCACAAAAAAGGAACAAAAAUUAGUCACAAAAACCAAUGUAAAAGAGGAAAUUUGUAAACCGAAACCAAAUUUAGACGAUUUUACACAAAAAGAAGAUAAUUUGCAACACAUAAUGUGUUUAGAAAACAAUCCUGAAGAUCUCACAAAAAAGGAACAAAAGAUAGUCACAAAAACCGACGAAAAAGAAGAAAUUUGUAAACUGAAACCAAACUUUGACGAUAUUAUACAAAAAGAAGAUAAUUUGCAACACAUAAUAAAUUUAGAUAAAAUGAAAAAAACAAUAGAAAUAGGGGAAAAAUACGCUAAAGAAACGAAUGAAGCUAUACGCCUACAAAAAGAUCAAAAUAAAAAGCUGACGGAAGUGUUAGAGUCAUGUAACAAACAAAUUGAAAUUAUAAAACAGAAGAUAGACGAAAAAAAUGUUGAAUCGGAGAAUUUUAUUGUUCAAUUACGAACAGAGAAAUUAAACGUUGAAGAAGAAAGAAGAGAUUUGGAAAAGAAAUACAAAAAGAGUAAACAAGAAUUAGAAGAAUUGGAGCAUCAAAAAGAACUGCUAAACGCGAAUUUUAGUAAAUUGCAUUGUAAAUUAAACGGAAUUAAUAAAAAUAUGGACGAAAAUCACAAACUAUUGACGGAGAAAAUUGAAAAAACCCGCACAGAGACGAAACGAUUAUUGAACGAAAUUUACUUGAAAAAACAACUCAUUGUAGAAUUAAACGGUAAAUUGGCAGAAAUGAGAGAAGCGUAUAAAACGGAAGCUGAAAACGUUCAUAAUUUGAAAAUACAAUUGGAUAACUUAAAGCACAAACAAAGCGUAAUGAUGUCGCCCAUUGUGAAUUCGCAGACCAGCCAUGUCAAUAUAGUUCUAAACAACUUCAAAUUAGACAGCGACAAUAUGUCGGGUAUGUCUGCGGAGUGCGCUGGUAGCCCAGACGAUUAUGAGGACACGAAUCAGGAGUUUGACGAUUUGAUUAAAACGUGCUAUUUGCUUGUAGACGAUUAUAACAAAGAAUAA